AAUGAUUAUGAGCAGCUGAUGUAAGCAAAUUCAAAAGCGAAACGAGACAUUACAACGAAAAUAAAUAUGUUCACUAAAAAACAUAAAUUUAUAAAAAAUCGAAAAUGAGUUCAAAAAAUAAAAAUAUUGCUGUGACUUUGGUGGUAUUGGGUGAUAUCGGUAGAAGUCCACGGAUGCAAUAUCAUGCUCUGUCAUUCGCCGAACACAAUUACAAUGUAAAUAUCAUUGGUUAUGGGGGUUCUAAACCCAUGCAAAAACUUUUAGAUCAUCCAAACACGCAAAUUAUAACAAUGCGUGAUGUUCCAAACAUAUCACAAUUACCAAAACUAUGUUCAUACAUUUUUAAAACAUUUUGGCAAACGAUGACACUUUUAAUGGCGCUUAUUUUUAAAAAUCGUUCACACAUUGUUAUGGUUCAAAAUCCGCCGGCCAUACCCACAUUAUUUGCUACAUGGUUUUAUUGCUUAGUUUUUCGUGCGAAAUUUAUUAUCGAUUGGCAUAAUUAUGCUCAUACAAUUAUGGCAUUAAGUUUAGGUCGUGAUCAUCGUUUAGUACGUUUAGCAACGUGGAUUGAAUCGUAUUUUGGACGGAAAGCGAUUGCGAACUUUUGUGUAACGCGAGCAAUGCAACGAGAUUUACUCGAACGUUGGAAAAUUAAGGCCUACGUUUUAUAUGACCGUCCUCCAGAGGAAUUUAAACCGAUUUCGCUGAAUGUAAAACAUGAUUUAUUCAUGCGUUUGAGUAAAAUUUAUCCAGAAUUUUCGUCGGAUGAUGGUGGGACUGCAUUUACCAAAGUUUUAUCUGAAAAAGAUGUUGUUGAACGUGUUAAUCGUCCUGGAAUUCUAGUAUCAAGUACCAGUUGGACUGAAGACGAAGAUUUUGGUGUACUUUUAUCAGCUCUUUGUGUGUAUGAAGAAAAUGUUGAAAACCAUAAUUUACCAUAUUUGAUUUGUGUGAUAACGGGAAAAGGACCCAUGAAAGAGUACUACAUGGAGCGAAUUAAAAAGUUAAAUUUAAAAAAUGUUCAAAUUAUUACACCAUGGUUGGAGAGCGAAGACUAUCCGUUAAUGUUAGCGUCAGCAGACCUUGGUGUGUCGCUACAUCUCAGUUCUAGUGAUCUAGAUCUUCCAAUGAAAGUGGUUGACAUGUUUGGAUGUCAUUUACCAGUUUGUGCCUAUGAUUUUAAAUGUUUACAUGAAUUAGUGAAAAAUGGUGAAAAUAGUUUUACAUUUAGUUCAUCAAAUGAAUUAGCUGGACAGAUAAUUAAUUGGUUUUCACAUUUUCCAACAAAUGAAACACAAAAACGACAAAAUGAAAAAUUUAAACAACAAUUAACAAUUUUUACGAGUUUCCGUUGGCAAGAAAAUUGGGAUUUAAAUGUUUUACCCGUUGUUUUGCAAUUAACAAAGUAA